UUGUGUAUAAUGUACGGACACACUUACCGUAUUACAUGUAGCCUACACAGCUAUGCAGUCACAAGGAUGUCACGGCGAAGCUGGAUGUUCACUUGCUACCUUAUAUCGAAUCUACGUGCAGUUCCGUCGCUUGUGUACCGUAAUACAUUUAAUCUGCUAAACUAACACACUACUGGCUAGCCAAAUGGAAAACUACGGCUAACGAGCUGGCCGAAUAGCUGCGGCAUCGUGAAUGAGAAUAAUGGCGUUAUCAGGGAAUCCCCACGCUGUUUCUGAGCACGUAACCGUGUUAAAGUCUGGAAGGCAGUCCCAGAUCACCAAGUGCACGACUUGCUGUAGUUUAUACCACUGCCCAUUCUGCAAGCCGACUGUGUAUAAACCUAAUCAACUGUAUGCCGUUCAAAUCCAUUUACAGAACCACUUGAACCUGGCAGUUCGGCACGAAGAUUAUGUUAUUGUAAAAUGUAACUUGGACUGCCGUAAAACAGCACAUUUUCAUUGCUGCUACUGUUCAGCCACUGUGAUCAGGAGGGUACAACUUAUAAGUCACAUUUCGAAAUGCAAACCUUUUCAGUCCUCAGCCAGUCAAGCAGUACACCGCCCGCCAAUAUGCAUAAUCCAGCGGUUAUCAACAGACCCUGCACAAACCUUGUUGCCAGCAUUAACACCUUCCACUCCAUCAUCAGCUGGACCUGCUUUACCUUCCUCUCAGGUACACGCGUCUCCACCUCCUUCUCCGGCCAGCCCUUUAUUACCUCCUUUACAGUCAUCCACACCUCGACCUCCAUCGCCAUCUGGACCUGCAUUUCCUCUUUCAUUGAAAAUGUCUCCUCGAUCUCCAUCACCAUCCGGACUUGCAUUUCUUCCUUCAUUGAAAUCCUCACCUCGCUCCCCAUCUACAGUCGGACCUGUAUUGCCCCUUUUAUUGAAAUCCUCGCCUUCACCUCCACCACCAUGUGCUUCUUCAUUACCUCUGUCUCCUUCACCAUCAAGUGAUCCAUCACCAGCAGUCUUAAUCCCAUCUAGAGUGAAAGUGCAAGUUCAAAAGCAGAUAAGAGUAAAGUGCAUACAUUGUGGGAUGGUAAUUAAUAAAAAGAAUUUGAGAACCCACCUUGGACGAAAGCACAUGGACAUUACAGAGAACAUAACCGCACGAAAACACCUUAAAAGCCAGUGCAUUGACCGUCUAAAUGGAAUCUAUGCUGUGGAAAAAUCAUUUUUCAGUCCGGGUACGCCUAUUCAUGUACAGAAAAAAACAUGGGGGACAAACCAUUCAGUUAUCUGUGAAAUGAAUCAGUGCAAUACACAUGAAGAGCUUUCUAUGAGAGAUGGCUUCCUGCCUUUUGAGUGCAACCACAUUAAAUCUUUAACUUUUUGCACCUUCAGUGUUGAGGACCAAAUUUUCCUGAAAGAAGAGGUUCUGAACCAAAUGGUACAGUUGAAAUGGUUUGGAGAUGAAAAAAAAAACAUUUGUUUAAGAAGGAAAGAGAUGGCUAUUGCCCGUGCUGCGCCACUUUCUGUGGAAUUGACCAUUGGAGCACCUUUAUCUAAAAAAUACAUAUCGGUGUUUGAGCCAAAGGUCUCCUCUUACAGCAGGUUGGGAAGGGUCAUUGUAUCAUAUGACACCAAGACAAACUCUUGGUCCUGCCCAUGUAACAAGUCACAGAGGUCAUGCAUUCAUAAAACAAUCUCUAAGUGGCACCUCUUUCAAACUAACAAACAACUUUUUGAGAAUGUGAUGGGCACAGAAAGUGACACUAUGAUGGACACUUUCCCACAGCUCUCAACCGAUUCCUUAGAUGAAGAGGACCAUGAAGAGUUAGAGAGGACCAUCUAUCCACCAGAUUAUGCUGGAGUAGAAAGAAUGAUCCAGUAUCUUUUAAAAGAGAAGUCUCUCCCCGCAUCUCUCCCACAAAGCAUUGUUAACGCUAGCAGUCGUUACAGCGGCAUUCCAAAGGUUUUGAUUCCAGAGGAGACUAUUUGCACAGAGUGUCCUGAUUUUCAAAUUCUGAGUGAUCCUAUGCUGAUUACCUCAAAAGCCAGAGUAUUAGCAUAUACAGGUGUCACAGAAGGUGUUUCCACAUAUUUUAGGACAUGCUACAAAUGUGGGAUGACGUACCGUUACCAGGAGUGGAAGAGUGGCCUUCAUAAUUUUAAUGAUCAUCUCAUCAUUACUUUGCAUUUGUGCCUUGUUCUUCGGAAUUCUCUCCAGACGCACACAGCUGUUUCUCAUGUGAUUGAAGCACUAGAGGCAACAGCAAAUGCUCGUUUCCCAAGUAAAGAAGAGGUGCUUCAGGCUUAUCUUCACUUUGAAGCCUUAACCAGUUUGGACUACCUGUACUUUUGUGUCACCUGUGGCUAUUACCCUGCAGUUGCCAUCAUGAACUUUCAUAAAAAAGGGGUCUUUAACAUGCCUGGGUGUGAAAUAAAAGCCCCAUCUUCAGAUUUCAAUGGCAAAGUUAAUAUUGAGCAAUUCUGGGAUGCAGUUACCAGGGAGAUUGUAAGCCUUGGAUUUUUAGAAGGUUUUCAAAAGAACCCUUUCAUUGUCCCUCCAAGUUAUGAUUUUUGGGCCCCUUGGAUUGGUUUCUACACCAGGAAAGACGACCUUGUCCUAAAUACAGAACAUGCCAAGCUUAGUACGAAUACUCUGGCUUCGGAGGUAAUAGGCCCUGAAAUGACAGCCGACAGGCUUGCUGAUGAACUUCUAAAUCUGAAGGUGGAAGAAGUGAGGCAUCUUUGCGAACAAUGUGGUGUGGACCCAAACGGCUCUAGGAUGGACCUUCUGCUGAGGCUCAGAGAGCAGAUGAUGAAGUCAAGAUCCUCAUUUGACAAGAUAUUCGAGAACGUUUGGGGAGCCUCUGGUGGUUGGGCAGUAAUUACGUGCCCCUGUGGAGUGGUGUACUCUAUUAAACGUAACAUCAGAGCUGAGUCUCCAAGAGAUUUUGCAGAUCUCUUGCUGUCAUGGAACCACAUACCAAAUGUGUCCAUUUAUGAAUUUGCUGGAGGCCUGGCAACUCAUACGAACCUAAGGGAAUGUAAUACUUUGCCAUUUAGCCCUCAUAUGGGACGACUGCUCAGCCCUCUACCAGAAAAUGUUGAAAAGGCAGAGAAGGGUGAACUGACCGUAGACCUCCCCUGGCUUAUGGGUAAGAAGGCAGAAGAAGAUCCAGAUUGCCAUCCCCUAACUGGAUCAUCGGAGCAUUAUGCACUCUAUAACACCUUUCAUGAAAGCAACACCAAAGAUCCAAGAGAUGUCCUUAGAAAGUCAGAUUUGAUUCCACAGCUAGCUGGUUGGAUAAGAAGUGACACAGUGGAGCAGUUGUUUGCAAGUAUGAGGAAGAACAACUACUUUAUGAACAGUAUGACUCCAUCCAUGCAAGUAUUUCUUACACGAAACAUCAUUCACCACUACAACAGUUCAAAGAAUGAGAAGACCAGCUGCUUAGUGAACCAGGAGAACAACGAGACAACAGAGCAAUAAAACAGAAGGCGUAGCAGAUCCUCUCGGGCUCUGUCAGGUUGGAUGGAGAGAAAUUAAAUUGGAUGGGGUCCUGAAUACUAAGUUCACUGUAUGCCACUGGUGCAUCCUCUUCUACCUCACUGCCAGGCGAGUACUUGCCUCUUCUCCAUACCUGACUUCAGGUCACCCGAGGAACAUUUCUAGGUCAUCUAAGCCCACCUCAGAGGAGUAUGGCUCCACACUAGGAGCUCCCUCAGGUGCCUUUGCAAAGUAGAAACAUUUUGACUUAUAUUUUUGAAAGACCUGCUGAGCCAUCUUUGUGCCAUGUUGAUAACAUGUUGGCACCUUGUUAUAUUCCUAUUACACUCAACCAAAAAAUGCAUAUUAAUUAUGACAUCACAAGAUGACUAAUAAUCGGGGGUGGGGGAGAUGCACAACUCGGGCUAAAAGAUUAGGGCCACACUUUAGAAGAGGGGCCAAUGCACGAGUCGUGAUGUCAACUGCACACCUACAGUACGCAUCACCCAGUUGUUGUCCCCUUUAUAAUGCCAUCCAGCUCAUGCUGCAAUUCAUAGUGACACAGUCUUUGAAAUUUCUUUUCAUGAUGGAAACAAAAAUGAGUCUGAGUUAAGUGCCUUGUUUGGGAAAGGCGUCACGGUCAAUCUUGAAUAGAUGUUAUUUAUUGUGACUGUCUUUUCAAAUGUGUUGUUUUUCAGUUCCGAUUUCAUUAUGCUAACCAUGGGAUGUUUAGAGUGUGGAAAGUCGCCCACUGGGAUACAACGGACAUGGCCAAAAUGGAGUUUAGAGGGGUUUCUGCUCCACCAUAGAUUUUCCAGGAUUCUGUUCAGCAGACUGACUCUACUGGGCUGGCAGAAACGCUGGCCAAAUGCGUGAUGUACAUACAGUAGUUCCAUAUAGGAAAUGGCAGGAUGGCCGAGUGUGGCUAAAUGCUAUUUUAUUAUACUUAUUAAUGCUGUUUGCUGUAUAAAUAAACAUUCAUUUUUAUGCA